GCAUGAAUAGAAAAACAAAAACAUAAAUCGAAGAGCACCGUCACAAGCCAGCAACAAAGUGCUCAGUAUUUUAACCAGUUUUUUGUAACAUAAUCAAGAAUGGGAGGAGAUGGAGGAUCAAUCCCAAAGCGGGCAGAACUUGUUAAAACCAGCAAGAAAAAAGAGCAGGCAGAUAAAGAUAUGGAAAGGGAUGCAAAAUGGUCACACUGUGCCAUAACGCAACGAGAGCUAGUUAGGCCCAUAGUUGCCUGUGAACUGGGGAAGCUGUACAAUAAGGAGUCUGUACUGGAAUUUCUACUCGACAAAUCACUUUGUGAUUCAAUCACACAUAUCAGGAGCCUUAAGGAUGUUAAAGAGCUCAAUUUGACAGUUAAUUCUGGUUACGAUACGAAGUGCAGGGAAGCUGCUGGGCAUUUUGAUACAAUGGCUGCCAAGUACAUUUGCCCCGUUGCUGGUCUUGAAAUGAAUGGGAAGUAUAGGUUCUGUUUCAUGUGGAGUUGUGGUUGUGUUAUUUCUGAAAGAGCUAUGAAGGAGGUUCCAAGUGAGGUGUGUCAUAAAUGUGGAAAAGCUUUUGAUCUAGAAAAUGUAAUCACUUUGAAUGGAGAUGAAAGUGAUUUUGAACGUCAAAAGAUUGCAAUGGAAGCUAGGAGACUGAAGGCAAAGCUAGAGAAAAAAUCUAAAAAGUCUGAAAAAAUAGCUGGAGAUUUAGAAAACAAAAAGAAAAAUGGUGGAGAUAAGGUAGAUGGUGGGAAGAAAAGGGCAGGUGCAGAUCUGCCAGGAGAGAAAAUGACAUCAAAGAAACUGAAAAGUGGGCAAGAAUCAUCAAUGGCAAAAAAUAAUUCAAAAGUUCAACAACAGACUGAUUCUGUAAAAGACACAUCUCACCUUGAUCCUAAAGGAACAAAAGUCUACAAAAACCUCUUUACCUCAAGUGAAUCACACAAAAACCGUUCAAAAGACAAAACUUCUAACUGGGUUACAUACAACCCAUAUCAUUUAUAAACUUGUUAUCUACAUAGCUUGUUAUGUUUUCUUCAACAUUAUUUUUGGUUUAUAACAAUAUUAUAGGGUUGAAUUCAAAGUAAUAUUAAAUUGCUUUUAUAUGUAAUAAAGAUAAGAUGCAUUUGCUAAAAUGUGAUCGUUUUUCAAAAUGCACCAGCUGUUUUCUUUCUUUCCUUUGCAACCUCUUUUGUCUUUUUUCUUUGCAUGGCAUAUGGCUCUUUACAUUAUUUAAUUUAAUUUCAACUUUGGAAAGUGCUUUGCACAGACGCAAAAUAUAUCAGGUGCCUCCAGAAGACCUGGAAGGCCUCAGUUGUGGACAUUUUGUAUCACAUCAAAGGGAGGUGUUUUAUUACAUAUGAUUGGUAGGUAUCAAAAAGUGACAGUCCUUGUGUCACACAAAAGGAGACUUGCCCCUUGCAUUUUUCAUCCAGGGAUGGAUCUAGACCAGUUGCACAGGUUUCAAAAAACCGGUCAAAUUCUAAGCUAAAUUUCAAUUGCAACAAUUGCUGCAUUUCUCUCUGACUGACUACAGUCCUGAUGUUUACAUGAUGAAUUGAAGCCCCACAAGAUUUUGACAAAGUUCCCAGCUUCCUAAUUCUUCUUUUAUCCUAAAGUAUCAGAGGAAUUCAAAAUCGAGGAAAUCUGUAGCCACUUGAAGUGACAGUUUAGAGUAUGAUAUCUUUGUGCCAAUAUUGAAACCGGUGGCUGUCAUUUCUGAAAACCUGUGAAAACCAGUGCCCAUAUUAGUGCGGUCGUUGAGGUGAUGAACCAGGAAAAAAUUUGUAGAUACGCCAAACGCACAUCAUUUAACGUAGAAUUAUUUUUUUUUAUAAGAUAUCCAAAAUCGCCUAAAAUCCUAUUUUGGGGAAAAAAGUUAUGGAAAUUUUAAAAACAUGAGCUUUUAGACCAUGACCAUAUGCACAAUAUUGUGCGAGCAGAUGGACAUUACCAACUGCCGAGGGAUUCUGCAAAAUAUGAAUAGCUUGCAAGAAUUCAAGGCGUGGAUUCUGAAUUUGGAAGCUAAACAUGUAUUUGAGUGGACAAUUGAGAAAUAAAAUUUAGCAUAGGUUGAACAGUAGCAAAGUAAGUCUCGUUGCUAACCCGCCAAAACUAUUGAAAUUUUUGAUUAUAAAUGAAAGUAAUCAUUUUUGAACAGUUUCACAGAUAUAUAAAUUCUCUGGUAUUUGCAAUUAUUUGCCUAGCACGACACGUGAAAAGCAGUUUUCAUGAUGUAUGGUUUCUGCUGCUACAAGAUCAAUGCAUCCUUGAAGGCAAGGUUAUAUAUU